ACUUAAAACAUCUCUUGUUAUCUGAUGACAAGAACUCGAUGUCUAAUAUGACAAACAAAUUCUGUGCGACAACUGCUAUAGAGAUAGCAUUAUGUGAUGUCAUUCAAGCGCUUGGAAUAAUUCCGGACGGAAUUAUGGGUCACUCUUUUGGUGAAAUAGCGGCCGCUUAUGCCGAUGGGUGUCUUAACACCAGAGAAGCUAUUAUGAUGACAUACUAUAGAGGGGUUGUGACAGAAAGUGAUAAAAGGAUACCGAAAGGACUGAUGGCUGUCGUCGGUCUGUCCUGGAAUGAGGCGAAGAAGUUGUGUCCAAAGGGGGCGAGUCCUGUCUGUAACAACGGAAAUGAUACUGUAGUUGUUUCCGGCUUAUACAAUGAGACCAAACAAAUGGUUGAAGACUUGACCAAAAAGGGAAUAUUCGUUCGCGAACUCCAAAGUCAUGACAUCCCAUAUCACAGCGAAUAUCUCAUUACUUGUGCUCAAAGACUGACGGAUGAACUCAAGAAAUACGUUCCAAAUCCGAAACCAAGAUCUAAGAAAUGGAUCUCGACUUCAGUUAUUGAAUCCGAACCAAAGGAAGAGCUAAGAUAUGCUUCGGCCGAGUAUUUCGUGAAUAACCUCAUAAGUCCCGUCUAUUUCUACAAUAAGUUUAAACACUUGCCGUCCGAUGCACUCAUCCUAGAGAUCGGACCGCACGGACUCUUCUCCAAAGUCUUCAAACACUUGCCGUCCGAUGCACUCAUACUAGAGAUCGGACCGCACGGACUCUUCUCCAAAGUCGUGAAGGAAACCCUCGAAUCGGGAACUUAUGUGUCGCUCAUUAAAAAGGAUGCAAACGAUACUAACCUCGAUAUGUUUUUGGGAUCAAUUGCAAAGUUAUAUGAAUUAGGGCUUAACCCUGUAAUCGAGAACCUGUACCCCAAAGUCGAAUGGCCUGUCCCUCGAAACACUCAAUCAAUCAGUUCUCUGUUGAAGUGGAAUCAUAACGACGGGUAUUAUGUAAAGAAAUACCCGGAUUUCCACUUCAGAUCUUCCGCCGCCGACUUAAAUGAAGUCAUUUACAUGACUCGCGCCCUAAAGUCCUUUCUGCCCGAACACGUCAUUGACGGCAAUAUCCUAUACCCCGCGACCGGGUAUCUGAUGCUCGCCUGGAAACGAAUGGCCGCCUCUUACGGACGGAUUUGGAAUCAGAUUCCUGUCGUCUUCGAAGACGUCCAGUUCAGGAGAGCUAUAUUCCUCGACUCGGAGGAGACUAGAAUUAAAGUGAAAUAUCAGGAACAUUCAGGCGAGUUUGCGAUCUACGAAAGCGGUCACAUGUCAUGUGUGGGCAAAAUACGGACAACCGAUGAAUAUUGUCUCAGCAUUCAGAACCUAUUGUUUGAUAACAACAAAGACUUUGAGGUGGAACUAAGUGGUGAUGAUAUCUACAAAGACUUGAAAAUCCUUGGCUACGAUUACGGACCUAAGUUUAGAAAAUUGAAGACAAUUCGGUCCAAAGACUUUAAGACCCUUCACGGGGAGGUUGAAUGGGACGGCAAUUGGAUCACAUUCAUGGACUCACUGUUACAGACCAUGGCUUUGGGACUGCCAUUCAAGAAGAUGAUGGUUCCAGUUAUGAUCAAAUCGUUGAGAUGUGAUCCGAAAGUGUUGUACGAAGCGGUCAAAGAGAAUAGAGUAACGGAACAGAAAGAGUUGGAUGUAAUCACUGACGAGAACUACGAUGAACUCAUGUCCAAAAAGGACAAACUUUCCGAUGAGAAGGAAGUGAACCUAUUGUUUGAUAACAACAAAGACUUUGAGGUGGAACUAAGUGGUGAUGAUAUCUACAAAGACUUGAAAAUCCUUGGCUACGAUUACGGACCUAAGUUUAGAAAAUUGAAGACAAUUCGGUCGAAAGACUUUAAGACCCUUCACGGGGAGGUUGAAUGGGACGGCAAUUGGAUCACAUUCAUGGACUCACUGUUACAGACCAUGGCUUUGGGACAGCCAUUCAAGAAGAUGAUGGUUCCAGUUAUGAUCAAAUCGUUGAGAUGUGACCCAAAAGUGCUGUACGAAGCGGUCAAAGAGAAUAAAGUGACGGAACAGAAGGAGUUGGAUGUAAUCACUGACGAGAAUUACGAUGAACUCAUGUCCAAAGAGGACAAACUUUCCAAUGAGAAGGAAGUGGUCGAUCUGAUGGACACUCAAAAUAUUGAAUACAUUGAGGAAAUGUUUAGCAAUCAGUUUCAUAAUUAUAAGUCAAUACUUCCUUUUCAUGUGGACAUGAAUUCACGAAUGAUUGUCACAAAAGGCAUAGAAUUGGAGGAUUUAAUGGCUCUGCCGAUGCCUCGGAAGACUAAUUUACAAGAUAUGAAACUAGAGUCCUAUCAGUUCAUUGCUAAUGAAGAUAAUAAUGCCAUCGAAGAGAGCGCUAAAACUACAGUUUCUGAAUAUAUUAAGGUCUGCACGACAUUCAUGCAUAAAAUCAAACAAAUGAUUGACUGCAAAGACCAUAAGACGGACCUAGACGAUGAUCUCUUGAAGCAAUACAUGGCAAACAUAAAAGAUGAACAAAUUUUACUCAAACUAUUGAAUGAAUUGUAUAAAGAGCUGACCGAUGAAAAUCAAAAUAUAGUAGAGAGUGAAAAAUUUGUGAAUACUAUUGUGACAAAACCAGAGUUUGAUAUGAGUUUAGAUGUAAUAAAUGAGGUCUCGAAGAACGAGCACUUGAUUCGCUCUCUUCUCGAUAUUGUCAGCGAGAAUAAUGUCCCCAAAAAAGAGAUCAAAGUUUUGGAAAUUAAUUUAACAAAUGGUUUGAUGGCCAGAGAAGUGGACUUUCAUUUGGCUUCGGCUGCUAUCUAUCCAAUUGAUGUUAACUAUACUAUUGCUGUUAAAUCUACUAAUGGUUUGCCUGAAAUCUAUAGAAACAAGUCGUUCAAAAUGAUUGAAUGGAAUCCAAAGGAAAGUCAGUCUGACUUUCCACCAGAUUAUGUGACGCCAACGGAUCUCAUAAUCCUUAAGGAUUCACACGAGUUAUGGUCUUUGGAUUUAGAGAAUCACUUGCAGUCAAUGGUAGACAUAAUCCUUAAUAAAGGCUUUUUGUUGACUGUAUUCAGACAUAAGUUCACAGAACCGGAGCUAACUCUGAACUCAAUGAACGGAAAACUCGAGAAUUCAAACCUAGAGAAGAGAAUCAUUGAGUAUAUAAUGACUGCAGAAAAGUUUGGAUUUGUUAUAAUCGCUAAGAAAUGCGAUACAAUUGGAUCGACGAGUUUGCUGUUCAGGAAAGUCCUCUACGAACCAACGGUUCCCCAUUCGGACCAUAUCGUCGAAAUCAAGUCCGACUGUAAGCUAUGGUUUGAUAAACUUAAGAAAAAAUUGGCUGAAAAUGCAGCCGAAGAUAAAAGGGUUGAGACUAUUUGGCUGAUGGCUAAUGACAGCCAAAGCAAUGGCAUUGUGGGACUCAUUAAUUGUCUGAGGCUUGAACCCGGAGGCGAUAAAAUCCGGUGUAUCUUUGACUGCAAUCAUCUGAUCGAUAAGAUUGACUUUAAUGUUAAGCCAUUCUCGGAUAUUUUGUCAAUGGAUUUGGCAAUUAAUGUCAUACGAAACGGAAAGUUGGGCUCUUAUAGGCACUUAACUCUACCACAAAAUUAUGAUAAAAUCAAAUCAAACGAAUAUUAUCUGAAUACUGGUCAGAAGCAAGACCUGUCGAGUCUUCAAUGGUUUGAUUUAAACAAAAUGUUGACCGAAAAGACAGAGGGAUAUGAUUUGGACAACAAGAAAGUAAAUUAUGUGAAAUGCAAAAUCUAUAGCUCCGGUAUCAACUUUAGAGAUGUUAUGACUGCAACCGGUCGCAUAACAUCGGGACCUUUGAGUCUAUUUACUGAUUGUUUGAUUGGGUUUGAGUUCGCGGGCCGUCGUAUAGAUACCGGGGAAAGGGUCUGCGGUUUUGAUGUGAGCCGUUGUUUCGCCACAAGUAUUAACGCCAUUGAGCGCAUGACUUCCACUAUACCUGAUAAUUGGUCAAUGGAUGAUGUGGUCACUAUUUUGUCCACUUAUAGCACUGUAUGGUAUGGAUUACUCGAAAGGGCAUCACUCAGACCUAAUGAAAAGGUGUUAAUACAUUCAGGAGCUGGAGGUGUGGGUCAGGCGGCCAUAAAUGUUUGUAAAUUUUAUAAUUGCGAUAUCUUUGUGACGGUUGGCACUGAAGAUAAGAAACAGUUUUUGAUAACUGAAUACAAUAUCCCAGAGAACAGAAUAUUCAGUUCAAGAGAUAUUCAGUUUAAGUACAAAAUUAAGUCAAUAACAGAUGGAAGAGGAGUGGAUGUGGUCCUCAACUCUUUAACCGGCGAUAAACUUGAAGCCAGUUAUGAUUGUGUCGCAGAUUGCGGUCGGUUUGUAGAGAUCGGCAAAUAUGACCUCCAAAUGAACAAACAGUUGGGAAUGUUUGCCUUCUUGAGAGACAUCUCUUUCAUCGGAGUAUCAGUCGAUAGGAAACUGUUCAUAACUGAGGGCUAUAUCGAUAAGUGGUGGAAAUGGAUGCAUGAGAACAGUAACAACGGAAUGAUUAAACCAAUCAAUAAGACUGUCUUUAAGGCAGAGGAGGCGGAAAAAGCGAUCAGAUAUAUGACAACCGGUAAACAUAUGGGAAAAAUUAUUAUUAAGAUUAGAGAUGAAGAAAGUGACAGAAAAGUUGCAAAAACUAACUUCAAUUCAUCUUCAGUUCUCACUUCAACCGUUAAAACAUAUUUCGAUUCAAAUAAGAGUUAUAUAAUAACCGGCGGUUUAGGAGGCUUUGGGUUAGAGUUGACGCAUUGGAUGAUAUCAUUGGGGGCGAGAAAAUUUGUAUUAACCUCAAGAAAUGGCAUCAAAUCUGAUUAUCAGAAAUUCAUUUUCAAAAGAAUUGAAUCCUUAAGUGAAAGAUUCAAAAUGUUUGGCACAAAGAUUAUCGUGUGGUCUAAACCCACCGAUACUAUGAAGGGAUCCAAAGACUUAAUAGCAGAAGCAAAUAGUUUGGCACCAAUUGGAGGCAUAUUUCACUUAUCAGUAGUACUUAAUGACUGUCUAUUUGGAAAUCAUAACAUCAAUCAAUAUAAGGAAACAAUUGAUUCAAAGAUCAAAGCAUUUGAGAAUUUGGAUAAAAUAACCCGAGAGUUGAGCAUAAAUUUGGAUUACUUUGUGGUGUUUUCAUCGGUGAGUUGUGGUAAAGGAAACGCCGGACAAUCCAACUAUGGUUUCGCUAACUCUGUCUGCGAACGCAUCUGUGAGUCCAGACGUAGGGAUGGAUUACACGGUUUGGCCAUUCAAUGGGGACCUAUCGGCGACGUCGGAGUACUGGCCGAUUCAGAUGUCAUGAGUCCUUUGGCUGGGAUUGUGAAACAGAGAAUCAAUUCUUGUUUAGAUAUUUUGGAUAAAUUACUGCAAACACAGCAUUCAGUUGUGUCUUGUAUUGUAAGUACU